CACAUAUAUACUAUACAUACGCGUAGUAUAUAUAUGGAUCAAAAGUAACACUUAUCAGGCCCGCACUGAUUAGCUAGCUUCAACACGUAUCUAGCUGCAGGUGGCCACGCACAUCUUCUGAUCCGAUCCAUCUGAACUGAAGAAGAAUGAGUACUGGUGGCGGCACCUCAUCAAGGAAGAAGAAGCUGCUUCUUCUUUUGCUGCUCUUUGUGACGGCGGCAGAAGCACAACUGACAUGCAACGACGUCGUGACCAGCCUCUCACCCUGCCUCAACUUCGUCACGGGAGGAAGCACGGCUGCUGCUCUGCCGCCCGCGGGGUGCUGCGCCGGGAUCAAGUCAUUGUUCGCCGCCGCUCAAACCACCCCGGAUCGCCGCACUGUCUGCACUUGCCUCAAGACCGUUUCUUCCAGCGCCACCACCGCCCAAAUCGGGCGCGCCGCCAGCCUGCCCACCGCAUGUGGUGUCGCCAUACCGUACAAGAUCAGCCCUCAGGUUGACUGCUCCAAGGUCAACUGAUCCAAAUAUAUCAUAUAUAUGCAUGCUCGAAGCUGCUAUAUAUCUAGCUAAUCAAUUAAGGGUCAAUCAAUUCAAUAAUAAUGCAUUGCAGGCAUGUUAUCGAAUUUCCUUUAUUUUUCCGAUCCAUCUCCGUGUUCGCAUCUACUAAUUGCAUGCGUGGUCGAUUUUAUUUGAUGCCAAAAUAUUGUACGUUCAAAUAAUUUGUCAUCAUCAUUAUUGUUAUUAUAUUUUGUGUACCUGUUAUUGUUGUUACGGGGGCGGAUCCAGGAAUGAGGGGUGGGGUGGGCUAAGCAGUAAAAAUUUUCGUUACUGCAUACAAAAGGUUUAGCUUAGGACUGAUAGUUAUUGAACUGAGUUUUUUUUCGAACUACUCGAGUUCGAUCGUGAUUUCGAAUUUAAUUUAUUGACCAAAACUUAACGAGCUUGAAUCUCGAACACGGGCUAAAUUUUAGUUUAAAUAUUUUGUUUUUACAAAAAAAAAAAACGACCGUUAUUUUUUUGAGUUUGAAUAGUUAUUCAAGCUGAAUUCGAGCAUAUUUAUGUUCAGUUCGAUCUGGAGUCGAGCAUAUUGAUAACUUAUAAAUUAUAGAAACAAACUAUAUACUACCUCCGCCCACUUUUAUUAACACUAAUUUGACUUUUCAAGUCAAAGAAGUUAAACUUUGAAUGACUAUAUAUUUAUACAAUAAAAUUGAUAAUAUGAAAAUGAAACGGAAUUGUUCUUUGUUAAAAAGUUUAUCAUAAAAGUAUAAAUUUAGUAAGUUUCACAUUAAUACAUGAGUUAAAAUGAUGGAUCAAAGUUUACUAUCUUUGACUAAAGAGUCAAAGAUGGCUAAAUAAAAUGAGACGGAGGUAGUAUAUCUAAAAUUUAAACGUUUUUAGUGUGAUUUAUAAUUUUAUUAUUGAUUAUUAAAGAUUUUAGUAUUUAUUGAUAUGAAUUAAAAUACAGUAUAAAACUAAUAAGUAAAAAAGUUAGAAGGAAUAGUUUCACCGUGACGAUGCCUUUGGCAUCCCUUCAAUAUAUAUAGGAGUUGUACAAGUAUUAUCGGUAAAGUAAGACGUCUGCAUGGGACUCUUCUAUUCAACGAAUCAGUUGAAUAACCGAGAUACCUACGGAGCUAAUGAUAACUCUGCUACAUAGCUGUACAAUAGGAUAAUAUCAAAUAAAUGUACAUGAUAAAUAUUGAUGCUAUCCGUUGGAGUGAAGUUCGGCUCACGUAUGCAUGUGUAUGUGUUCUAUCACGCCCCUGCAGUUUGAGCGUGGGGUUGAAGAACGUUCAAACAGGUUCGAAAUUCGUCAAAGAGAAUCCGGGGCAGACCCUUUGUAAAUAUGUUGGCAUAUUGGUAGCGUGAAGGG